AUGCUCCUCUUGGCGGCUCCCUCGCCGGUUUGCAGCUUCUGCCCGCGCAUUGCAGCCCCCUGAGAAGUUUCUCCUGCAUGGGUGGCCAAGAAAGUUGCGGUGGAAACAAUGGAGGACGAAUUUGAGGCUUUGUCCACACCCUCAUUUCUUACUGAGAGCUUGGAUAUGGCAAUGGAAGUGGAGAAUGAGAAGCCACCUUGUUUUUCUUGUGCUUUUGACAACCAAAAUGGAGGGAGAAGCUUCUCUGCGGAGUCUUAUUUAGCAAAUGGGUCUCUUAAGAGGGUUUUGCUGAGACUUGAUCCUUCUCCAAAUGACUAUGAAGAAGAUGUAGUGGAAAUGUUUGGCUUUCAGUGGGUUACUGAAAUGGCGUUAGUUGAAUCCUGUGGAUUUCUCUUUGGAUUACUUAGGCAACAGAUAUACAGACUGGAAAACCUAGUACAAAUGAGUUCCUCUGAUUUUGGUCAAGCUGCAAACUUGCACUCUGAAGCAGAGAGCAUCAGGCAUCAGUGUAUUAAGUUUUUGCAUUAUGUGAAAGUUUUCAUCUUCAGGUAUCUGGAACCCCCUAAAGUGGAAAAUGAUGGAAUGCUGCAUCCGUAUGAAGAGCUAGAAGCGCAGUUACCGUCAGUAUUGGUGGAAGAGCUUCAUGCUUUGACUAUGCACAUUGGUCACCUUUGUGAACUCCCUAGUAGUGUCCUGGCAGCAUUUACUAUUCAACAUCAGGCAAAGGUCUUUCCCCCAUCAUGGCAUUUACUACAUCUCCACUUGGAUAUUAAUUGGCUAAUACUGGAAGUUCUUCAUGUACUAGGUGAAAAAAUGAUGAGACAAGUCGUAUAUGCUAACCAUUUCAUAAAUCUGACCGGAGAGAAUUUAACCAGUGUCAGUUUAUUUGAAAAACACUGUGGAAAUCUCAUAUCUGAUUUAAUAAGUUUGUCCAUCAACAAGUAUACAAAGGUGCGACCUUCUGAGGCUCUUACUAGUCACCAUUAUCCCUGUACCUGCAUUAAAGAACUCUGGAUUCUACUUAUUCAGCUGCUAGACCACAGAAGUAAAGGAUCUCAUACGGAGUGUUUCUGGAGCUUGGUGAACAAAACUCUAAAGAAUAUCUUUGAAAGGCCAAGUAGUUCAGAAGGGAUGUCCGGUUUUGAAGCAAUUCAAUGUAAAGACCCAUUGAGUUUUAGCUGGUGGAUUGUUAGUCAUCUGGCAUCACUCUAUCAGUUUGACCGUAAUGGAAAUGUAGAUGAAAAGAAACAGAAGGAAUCCAAUUGGAAAUUUGUGGAAGAACUCCUGAAAAAAUCCACUGAUGCUCAAACUGGUGUGUUAGAGGAACACUUAAGAAUGCAUCUUCAGUGCUGUUUGACUUUGUGUAGUUUCUGGGAUUUGAACCUAUCUGUUGUCACCAUACUCUGGGAUUAUUACAGCAAGAAUCUGAACAGUGGCUUUACUGUUCCUUGGCUUGGUCUGAAGGAUCUGGCAAAUGUUAGUAAGACUUCUUUGUCAAUGCUUGAGUUGGUGAAAUGUUGCUGCUGCGAACAGCAGAUCCCUUCUCUGUACAAGUCCCGCAACAGUUACUUCAUUUUUCUCUGCAUUUUGGCACGGAUGAUUAAAGAAGAAAACAGUGGCAUGCAUCCUUGGAAACAAAUUAAAGGACGAAUUUAUUCCAAGUUCCAUCGGAAAAGAAUGCAGGAGCUGACAGAAGUGGGGCUGCACAACUUUUUUAGCUUAUUCCUCAUGCUAGCAAUUGUUGUGGAGACAGAAGAUAUAGUGAGUCGAGUGUUGGAUCUUUUGGAUUUCCUGGCUCCAUCCUCCAUCACCGUGUCUCAGAGAACUCUCAUCUGGAGAGGUCAUUUUGCUUUCCUUUUGAUUUAUGUUGAGAAGAACAUGGACGUUAGCGCCCUAGCUGAGAAAAUCUCAAGUGCUUUCCGUGAGAAGGCAAAGGAGUUUUUAGUAAACAAAAAUGACUACACGCAGAGACACAAUCUCUGGACUCUACUUUCGACCUACGUUGAUGGUGUCCAGGAAGUGUUUGAGACUAGCUGCUACUUGAGCCUUUCUGAGGAAAAGUUGCUAAAUGAUGGCUUUACAAUGCUGCUGCCUGCUUGUCGAGGAGCUGAGCUGAGUAUGGUCCUGAAUUUUCUUCAGGUUGUACUAGCCAGACUUCGGAGUGUGCACGAACGUGUAAGCCAGGGACUUCAACUAGGGAACACAGCCCCAGACGCACAGCUUCCAUUAGUGGCUAAAGAGCACCACCUUGCUGUCGCCAGUGCUCUCUGGAGAAAUUUCUUUCCGUACUUGAAGAGCCAGAGAAUGUCACAGAUGCCGCCUUCCCCUCAGCUUGCUGAUACAGCUGCAGGUUUUACUCUCUUAGCUUUGGAUAUACCCAGCAAAGCCCUAUCAGAUCUCCAGCCACAGCCUGUUCUAUCAAUGAUGCAACUGUUUGGAUGGGAUGACAUGGUGUGGCCUCAGCUGGUGUCAAGAUAUCUAAGUCAUCUAAUUCAAAACAGUUCACUGUGUGAAGCUUUUUCUAGUAUGGGAUAUACAUCCUAUGAAGCUCUGACAGUACGUUCUUGGUUUCGAUGCAUUUUGCAAAUGUUCAUAGAUCAACCAAGUGGUGUUCUGGCCAAGACAGAUGCUGAGCGAACAGUUGGGAAAGCCUAUAUGGAGCAGCUGACUGAAAUGACAAGACUGAUUUUUAAACUCUCAGAAGUAGAAAACAUUCUUUCAAAGGCUCAUGUUGAAGAAUCAGUUUUCAAGCAAGACCCAAAAUAUGCUCUUGUCCAGUUCAUUAAGGCUGUUGGUAGAACUUACAGUGGCCUUCAGACACUCCCUGAGAAAUCUGCCAUGGUAGCAAAGACUCUAGAGUAUUUAGGUGAUGUAUUAAAGUAUGUAAAACCUUACCUGAAGGCAAAAGGACCUCCAGAAGGUCUGCAGCUUACAUAUUGGAUCAUAGGAUGUCUGGUAAAGUUCUGGGCACCAAUACUGGCUACUUCCAAGGCACAGCAACUCUUGUUUCGCAUUGUGGAUUGCUUAUUGCUGCCGCACUCUGUGCUUCAGCAGGACAAAGAACUGCCUGUGGCUUUGCUGUCUGCCAUUCAGGAAAGCCUGCCUCUUUAUCUUCAGGGCCUGUCCUUCAUAUGCUGUCAGUCUCAAACACAGGGUGCCUAUUUAAAUCAACUCCUUGGGAGCAUUAUUCGACACUAUUUUGGACGAUUUCUCCCUUCUUCUCCGACUGUGCCUGGUACUGGACAGCAUCCUAUGCUGACUGCUUUAUGCAGUUCCAUUACAGCCCCACAGAUGCUCCGUCUACGGAAGACCACUUUGCAUGUCAUAAGUGAAAACUACAUGCAGUUCAAAGGCAAUGCUCCACCUCCUCGCUUGGCCUCCGUUCUUGCUUUCAUUCUUGAAGUACUUCAGAGAACCCAGAGCACUGAACUAUGUGACAUUGAAUUAGUUCUCCCAUCUGUAUUGAAAUGCAUGGUAUUGGUUAAUGAGCUACAAGUUAAAAAAAUAUCUACAGACAUUGUACAGAACGUGGUAGAAGGCUGCCAAGCAGGGUCAGGAGGAGAACAUGCCACCCAGCUGACUUCUGUAUUUAGGCAGUUUAUCCAGGAUUAUACCGCUGUCUAUGAUCACCGGGUUUUCAGCAUACUAGAAACAGUGGCAGUCUUGGAUCAGAUGUUAGUUACCAGCCUGAUUCCCACAAUCACACAGUCUCUGAAGGAUUUGGAGUACAAACAAGGUCUUGGAAGAAAUGCUGCACAGAGAGAAGCAUAUAAAAGACUCUUAUCUUACCUCGCAGAGGCUGGACAAAAUGAGAUACAAAAACUGGAAAAUGAGACAGAUGAGUAGUGUGAUGGUGAUUAAUUCUUUCCUCUUGGAUGUUGUGACACUGUCAAUAUCUAAAACUAUACUCUACGACACAGUAGACAAGUUCUUUAUCUUACAAUGGAAAUACAUUUAUCAAUUUUGUGGUUGUUUUUUUCCCCCAAUUUAUGUAUUAAUUUUAAAAAUUUCUGUGGUAUUUAAUAUUGUCAUGCAUCUGAAGAUUAACUCAAUAUACUGAUGGAUGGUGACUGAAAGAUACAGUUAAUUUAUUACAUAUUUAAAUGUCUGUAUGAACAGAGCCUCUAUUGCAACAUACAAGACAGGAUUUCAAAAAAUUAAUUUCACAACUCAGUUCACAUUGAGACCUGUCCCUCUUAAAGGUGUACUUUCAAAAAUCUUAUUCAGUCUGUCCAUAAGAAAAUCUUAACUUUGUACUUCCUAAUUUAUUAUUUUAGCAGAAUAAGAAAAACCUGUGCUCUCUAGUACUGAACUUGUUGAAUGCAGUGUAUUCACUGGGAGUUCUGCCAGUAUGAUGAUGUUGAUGUUGUGCCAGUAUAGUGUUGUUAAGAGAGAGCUUGUGCUUACGUUGCGCAGAAUGUAUAUAGUUGUCUUAACCUUCCACCUGUAUUAAAACAUUUAAGUCUUUCAGAUUCCAGUGUAAAAUCUCUCUGUUGUCUUUGUGGGUAAUAUAAGAAAAGGUAGGUUCAGAUUUCCCAUUCUCUCCCUUUUCAAUACUAUGUUCUUAAAAGUAAUCCAUAAUUUCCAGACAUCCUAUGAUCUUUUCAUUAGCCAUGACACUGUUAAUUAUCCACUUAACUUAGACUAAGUGUGAGGGAAAAAGAAGAGAGGAUAAACUUCUAAUGGAAAUUAUCAUCAUUUGAUCAUAGGCUAGUCAUUAUUCCUGUUUGCCUGAAAAGUUGGAUUUUCAACUAUUUUGCUGUGUUAUUGAUCUUUCCGGGAUGGAUCUAGCUAUGUAACUUUUUCUACAUUUUUCUUCUCUAAAGUUCUCAGGGAACUUUUAUAAAUGGCUGUGGUAUCCACAUUUUUCACUUCCCUAGAUAAUCAGUAUUUCUGAAACUACUUACUGGACUUUGAGAGUGGUAAAUCUGCCCUUCAUGGCAACACUGGUGAACAGGCUCUUACUUUUAAAGUUACUCACAUUUUAACUUUACAGUGUUAAUGGGAAGGAAAGAUUAUUUUUGUGUCUAAUAGCUCCACAAAAAUCCCUGAAAUCUUGUUCAGAACUGCUCCUCUUUCGUUACAGUAAUCUUAUCAAGUUGAACUAGAUAAUCUUCUUGCCUAAAUCGGCUAUCGGUACUUCAGAUAAUGCAGUAACUAAAAGCCUCUUUAGGCUACUUAAUAGUGCAGAACAUAGAGGUUCUUUUCAUUAUGAAAGUGACUUACUGAAUUUGCAUUGUAGCUUCUUGUAAGCUUCUGUACCUGGGAGGAGCUUUAUUCAUCUCAGGAGGACUGGGCUGCUAAAAUGCUUUUCCCUUUAAAAAAAAAAUACACUCCCCCCCAAAGAGAGAUCGAGAUAUCUUUGAGAUUUGAGUCCUACCACCCAGUAGAUUACAGAACAAAUGUCUUAUUGUAGUAUUACUUCCUGAAAGUAAAAACUGUGACUUUUAAAGGAUGGAGCAGAUAUUAUAACAAAGCAUUUAAUGAUGUGUUUAGUAGGUUGUUAAAGACAUAUUUAAUACUAUCUCUAGUGGUUGGAAGUUUCUGAAAAAGCAACAGGACUUUAUGUAAAUGCACAGCAGCUCCUGGUGCAUGAGAAACUAAUUUAAACAGUUUGGAAAUUAUCAUUCUUCUCUGUCACAAAGUUAAUGUGAGCAGAAAUACUGCAUUUUGCAUCAUAUUCAUCAACCACUGCCAAAUGGGCAAUCUGGUUUGGUCUACUUAUUUGGUAUGGACAUUUGCAGAUGUGACUGAUAGUUCUGAUAAUAUUAAUGAUAGGAAGGCUUGCAGAGUGCUAGACUAGACUGACUUACCAAGCAUAUGCCAAAACAACAAUCCAAAACCAAUUAGGAGGAAAGAAGAAAAUCCCGAUUUUAAGUACAAUAUAGAAAAAAAACCCCUGAAAAUGAAAUUAUAUAUUAUGUCUUGUUAGAUGCUGUCUGUAUAAAAGCUGCUUAAGACAAUGAACAUUAUUUAAAUUAAACCUUUCUGUAAUAUUUUACAUAUGAACAGUUUGGUUAAAAAACUAAAAGCGAGUAGAUUCAGACUGGUUUUAAGGAAAAAAUUUUUUAUGAUGAGGGUAGUGAAACACUGGAACAGAUUUCCCAGAGAGAUAGUAGAUGCCCCAUCCCUGGAAACAUUGAAGGUCAGGUUGCAUGAGACUCUAAGCAGCCUGAUCCAGUUGAAGAUGCCCCUGUUUAUUGCAGGGGGUUUGGACUAGAUGACCUUUAAAGGACCCUUCCAAGACAAACCAUUCUAUGAUUUACAGACUUUGUUCAUGUAUUUGCUUAAAUAUUCAAACAUUACCCAUCUUACUACAUUUGGACAGAUGGACACUGCUGCAAUUCUUCUUUUACCCAGCUCAUUCAGGCUUCUGUGUCCUCUCACAGGCUUAGAGCAACACCAUUCCUAACAACCCUACCGGGGUCCUGCCUUCAUUCUCUUCUUUCCAGCCAGGGCCUGCCCACAUAUGCUGCUGCAGAAGGUAGUGCUGAUCAUCAACCUGCUGUCUCACAGAAGCAUUCAGUAUUAGCAAAGGGCUGAAAGGCAAAGCACUGUUGGGUGCAAGACAAUGCGUUAGAGACUGCUUUGGUCUGAGUUAAAGUCAUAUCUGAUGUGCCAAAGCCGCACGCUGCAGGUGAGCAGGCUGACUGUACUAAGAGGUCACCAAUCCAGACAGCUUUAUAUUGCCACAAUUUUGAUCCUGAAGUGUCACCAUGAAGUGGCAGCCUGAUUUCUGCUUUUACAGGCUCUUCCUUUGGCCUGCAUUUUUGUAGCACUAGGGCAGCAUUUUACUUUUCGGAAGGAAAGGGUCUCUCACAGUAUGUUGUCUAAAAGUAACACUGCUUGCAAGGACAGACAUUUACUGCAGUUGUAAAUUCUGCAACUGAUGGAGAAGAGAUGCUGAAAAUAAAGUUGUAGCCAGAGUACCUAGUUCAGAGAAAUUUCAGCAUUCAAACUCUUCCAUAUAAUGAAAAGCUAGUGGCAUUAAACCAUUUUGAAUGUUGUCAUGGUUUAAGCCCAGCCAGCAGCCAAGCACCAUGCAGUCACUCACUCACUCCCCCACCAGUGGGACUAGGGAGAGAAUUGAGAGUGUGAAAGGUAGAAAACUCACGGGUUGAGAUAAAAGUGUUUAAUAGGAAAAGCUGAAGCUGUGCACACAAGCAGAGCAAAACAAGAAAUUAAUUCAGUCCUUCCCAUGGGCAGGCAGGUGUUCAGCCAUCUCCAGGAGAGCAGGGCCCCAUCACAUGUAACAGUUACUUGGGAAGAUAAAUGCCAUCACUCCAAAUGUCCCCCUCUUCUUCCCCCUACUCUAUAUACUGAGCGUGAUGUCAUAUGGUAUGGAAUAUCCCUUUGGUCAGUGGGGGUCAUCUGUCCCAGCUGUGUCUGCUCCCAACCUCCCAAGCAUUCCCAGUUUCCUCACCAGCAUGGCAGUAUGAGAAGCAGAAAAGGCCUUAGCUCUGUGUAAGCCCUGCUCAACAGUAACAAAAACAUCUCUAUAUUAUCAACCCUGUGUUCAGCACAAAUCCAAAACACAGGCCCAUACCAGCCACUGUGAAAAAAAUUAACUCUACCCCAGCCAAAAUUAGCAGAAAUCUUAAUCAGUUACUUGUAACUAUGGGAUUGCUGUUUGUCAGUGGAGUUUUAACAAAAUAUUUAAUUUCAGUAAGCUUUUUUUCCCCAAGCCUGGUGCAUGGUCUGUGACCAGUGUCUCCCUGCUGACAGGAGACCUCUCUGAAGGACAGGGGACAUGAGCCAUGUGAGCAUUUUCUUUGUUGAUCUCAUUGGCCAGAGCACUGUUCCAGGAUAAAAGAGGACUACUAUACCCUUUUCUUUCUGCAGUAUAUAGAACUGAGAUCUGAAUAGACAGUAUUUCAUUUUUAUAUUUUUCCUAUUCCAGAAUUCAGGAUACCAAUCACCUCUGACCCAUUAUCAUCCUUGUGCUAUGAAAGAGAUGUCCAGCAUAUUAUGAACAAUGGCAGACAGAGAGAAGUCUGGCUUAUCUUCCCUUUAGUAACCUUAAAAUGAUAACAUAAAAAAAGACACCUUCUGUUCAGAAUUCACAUGCAACUUCCAUUAGUCCCACAAAGUUGUACCUCUAUUUUAUAAGAAUUCCUCAUGUGUUAUUGUUAUUAAAGAGCAGAAACACGGUAAUUUAAGUUACUCCUUGCUUUCAUUUUCAAUGACAAAAAAAAUAGAGAUGGAGAAGGCACUUGUUUCAAUAAAAUAGCUUCUGAAAUAGAAAAAUUCACACCUUUUAUGCUGGAAUAAGAGCAGCAGGCCUAUAGAAAGAAUAAGGUUCUGCAUAUCUGUUGUAAUUGCACAGAAGAGGAGCUGCCAAUAGCAUGCACUGCUUGGCCAUUUAAGGAACUCUGAUAACUGUCCACUUAAAUGCAACGUAUUUCCCUCGGGAAACAGAAAAGAGGUUUUAUUGUGCUCUGGUUUUCCUUCUUUCAGUAGCUUUUGGAAAUUAUGUAUGCAAUGGGUAUUUUCAGUUUAAUCAUAUUUUAGAAUUUCUAACUAUUAUUUAAAACUCAAAUUCAGUGUAAUCAGCCCAUCUGUUAGCAAUGGUUAUAAAAUUAUGUUGAAGAUUAAAAAUCUGAUGCAGUGUCAAUAUGUCCUAGCAUAAUUAAGCUUGUUUUAUGAUGAAUGACUAGGAUAUGGCUUUUGCCUAUUUGAGCAGCUUUAAAAUGGUAAAUCUUUUGCAGGCUUAAUAUAUAAAGUGUGAAGGUAUGUAUAGAACAACAAAAAAAAUUGUAAAAACUCAGACCCUGUAUUCAUAGAUGUGGUAUCUUUACUGGCCUUUGGAAAUGUCAGCAGAGUAAUUCCAUGUCACAAACAACUUCACUGCAUCUUCCUGUCCAUCAAACACCAUCUUGAAUCUACCCUCCUCCUUGUAGAAUGACACCAAAACAGGCAUUAAAAAUGCAAGCUUAAAUUUCUUAUUUGUUUUAGAAAGGCCCAGCAUGACCUGCAUAGGCACUGGUGGAAAAAUUAGCACAGCAUUCACUUACACGAAUUGAGGGUAUUGCUAAAAAUACUUACUCUGUUCUUCAGUACUUGAAGCAUUGCAACAUUAACAUUUUAAGCAUUUUAAUUCUGGCAUUACUGUGAAACAGCUAUUUAUAAUCAUCUCUAUUGGAAAACUGUUCUUUAUGUGGACACUUUAUCCCUCUGUAACAUGUCCUUGGGGGGGUAAGGGAAAUCCAUUUUGCAAAAAUAAAACUACACAAGCCCUUUAUAUGGUCUAUGUGCUAAACUUCCUGCAAAGUUUUCCUCCCCUACAAACUCUGCCUGCAGAUGAAGUGUUUUAACCUUGCCCUCUUAAUUUAUUCUACAUUCUAAUUUUCAAUAAACAGAUGCCGCCUCUUUUCGCGCUUGUUUCCA